AUGGCUGCUAUCCCUGCAAAUUCCGAAGGGUCAAGGUACGCCUCCUUACUCCUAGUCCGGUUAGUUUCUGUUUACCGAUUAAAUGCUGAUUUCCCUAAGUGCGACGAGCUUCAACCCGUUUGUGGCACAUGUUCUUCCAGAGGCGAACCCUGUUCCUACCCUCCCCCGCGCCUUACUUUGAAAAGACCUCCUAGAUCAAGAGCAGACACAGAGGAAGGCGAUGGAUAUCUCUUGCCGGACUCUUUUGCGCCGUCUGAUGAAGGUCCACCACUCGGUUGCAUCCAGCCCUUGUCAAUAAAUGCGACAGCACCGGCCAUCACUUCAGACCAAUCCCACCAACACCGAGAUGGAGAUCUAAAUAUGGAUGAUCUGAAGCUCCUUCAGUUCUAUCAUCUAUAUACCGCAAGACAAAUGACGUUGCACCACAGGCGAUCUCAAACUUGGCAGCAUAUUAUCCCCGAGUUAGCAAGCGAAAAUCGAUAUUUGAUGCAUCUGCUCCUAGCAUUAGGGGGUAUACAUAUGGUCAAACAGAAGGCCGAUGCCAAUACGACCGUGGUUUUUGAAGACUCCGAUACGGUGGGCUUGGCGAUCGUUAUGGAACAUCAUCAAAGAGGGUUAGAAGGCUUCAGGGAAGACGUGUCCCGCAUUUCUCCCUCCAAUGCCGAAGCUGUUUUCACAGGGUCAAUUCUCCUGGUUGCAUUUGCAUUUGCAUUCCUUAAGAUUCAGGACCUCAACCCACUUACUGAGCCUACUAAAGGGAGGAGCGGCGCCAUGGCAGAUCCUCUUUCUACAAAUACCAUCCCGCGCCUCAACUGGUUAUACCUCAACCGAGGUGUAACCUCUGUGAUAGGUGACCAAUGGCAAGCUUUGAAAUCCAGCCGGCUCCGGCAGAUAUUGUCACUCCAGCAUAGCGAUGAGUAUUGGGUGGAUUCAUCAUCUAAUGCACCGUCUCGGCUUUCUCGUUGCGCACCCCGCUUGCUGAAAUUUGCCGACGGAGCUCGUCAAGCAGUCGCUUCUAUCAAGGCUUCUCUGAAUACGCUUGAACAUCCUUGGGAUGACUUGUCCAGCUGUUCGGGAACGCCAACAUCUCAAACCCCACCGCCUACGACGUUAGACUGGGCUAUGGAUGCGCACAACGAGACAAUACGUAUCCUAGAAUUUGUUUACUCACGCAUUUUAUCCGUAUUGGGGUGUGCAUCAACUGAAACCCCGACAGACAAGGAGAUCCAGUUGGACUUGGAAGAGGCCGCAAUUCUGUCCUGGCCGAAUAUGCUCCCUAGUGCUUUCUUAGCGUCACUUGAGAGCAGCGACAGCGACCAUAACUGCCUCCGUGGACUCUCACUCGUCAUCCUCGCUCAUUUUUAUCUAGUAAAUACUCUGGUCGAUACUUGGUAUAUGAGAGGCUCCUUUGAAAACGAGAUACUGAGGACCCAUGCGCUUAUUGGUUCUUUGGAUGAGAGCCAUCUGUCAACAUUCAUGAUAUGGCCCAACGAGGUCAUGAACUUGCCACUGACCUGUACAUCAUAA